CUUUCACGUGACUCCUGCCGCUUGUGACCGACCGCAUUCCUUCAGGUGGCCGCGUCUCCGUCACUGAUUCGCUGAACGAGCUCAGUGUUGUGAUCUGUCACGGUUUGUUUCACUUGCCGGUUGUUGUGAGGGUUCGUUUUUCACACGAUCGCUGCGGGAGUGAAGCUGCGGAGCUGCGGGGGAAACUUCCUCCUCCUCCCCCGGGUGAGUCAACCGAAGAGGAGCGGAGAGUUAGCGGAGGGUCGAUGGGUGAGAAGUGACCGAGGAGGCGCUGCCGUUCUCCGGGCUGGACUCUGUUAUGGCUGCGAACUCUGUCAGAAGGUGUAGUUAUUUCUUCCUCUACGAUGGAUCCAAGGUGAGGGGCGAGGGAGACCCCACACGGGAUGGAAUCUGCUACUUCUACCCCGAGGAGACCCCCGUAGAUAAACAGGAGCUGCUGUGUGGACAGCUGGCCGGGGUCGGACGCUGUGUCUCCGAGCUGUCCUCGUCUCCGGUGCGGGUUCUCAGGCUGCACCGCCACAAGUACGCCAUCCACAUGAGGGACGACUUCUUCUGGGCUCUGGGCUGUUCAGCGGAUGUUCCCACCGCGGGUGUGUGCGAGCUCCUCCGUCAGCUCAUAAAUGUCUUUUGUUUCUUCAACGGCUCAGUGCGUCAGAGCUACCAGCUGAACAGUCCGGAGACGUUGGCGACCAGGUGGGCUCGGUACCUGUCGUACCUGCGGCCGGGAUCGUCCGAGCUGCACCAGGUCUUCAGCUGUGUGAGGACCAUCGACUCCACCAACGUUGACCCUCUCCUGCUGCUGAAGGCCGCCCUCAUUCUUCAGGCCUGUCAACACUGCCCUCUAGUGUCAGCAGGCUGCAUCCUCUUCCGAGGGAGAGUUGUCAGCACUCAGAUGUGUCCAGAGCUCACGGUGAAGGUCAUGGUCCACGAGCGUGACACGUAUACCAAGUCGCAGAGUCCAGACGUAGCCUACGACUCCGACUCCGACUCCGAUCCCAUCAGCUUCACCUCUGUCUUCCUGACCCGCUCUGAACUCCAGGACCUUCACUCUGCUCCCGUCCACAGAGACCUCAGAGAUUGUUACACCAAGAAGACUGGGGUCUCCAGGACUCUGUCUCAGGUUCCGUCUUCUGAUUCGGAGUCGUCCGAGCUGAACUUCUCCCUGAGUCACGACACGUCGGAAUCAGAACUCUCUGUCUUCAGCCCGACCACUGAUCCACCCAACACCCGCGGUCACUCCUCGGGAUCUCCACUUUUCAAUGGUCGACGUUCUCCCGGAGCUCGGGAGAACCUCCCGGAGGAGUCCAACGUCGGGAACCUCAGCAGCCGCGAGGACGGACGCGGUCUGGAGGAAAAGUCGCCGGUGGUGGAGGGUGUGGGAGGUCAGGAGGCAGAGGUGUGUGGACCUCCUCCUCCUCCUUCUUCUUCAGACAGCCCAGAGAGUCUGAUCUGCAUGAGUCUGUACCUGCACCGGGUCAAAGGUCUGGUUCUGGCCCUGCUGGUGGAUCCUGACUUCCUGAACAACAAAGCUUCGAUGGAGGAAGUGUUUCACAGCAGCCUGGCGUCGCUUAACGGCCUGGAAGCCCACCUCAGAGCUGUCCCUCCAGUUGCCCCCGCCCCCCCAGUUGCCCCCUACAUGUUUGCCCACUUCGACUGUGUUCAGAGCACCAUGACCACCAACAUGUCUGCCCAGCCAGGGGGAGCCACUGAGCAUCCUUUUGUCAAAGCUACGUCACUUCUUCACUCGCAUUUCUGGAAAACUAAAACUCUGCAGGAGGCUAUUAUCAGGAGCGCCGGCGCCGCAGUGUACGGGACCCGCAGCGCGGCCCAGGAGACGUACUUCCAGCAGCACGGGGGACUGUUGAGGAACUCUGGGAUUCCCAACCACCAGGACAGCGCCUUCUCUCUGCCCACAAAGGCACGACAUCGGCUCCUUAAGCACGGGGUCAACCUGCUGUGACCCCCCCAACCCCCCGCCCCCCAGGUUCGGCUCUGAUGACGUCAACACGUCUGAGGUCCAGGACUUCUGAGUGUCAGUUAAGGAUGAGACUGUAGAGGGCGACAAGCUGUUCGGAUAUUGUUAUUGAUAUUGAUCGGAUAUUAGCUGUUCUGAAGUUGCUAACCUGAUGUUCAGAUGGGGGGGGCACUCAAUGUAUCAAUACUACAGUUUCGCAAUAUAUCCUGUCGUUGCCCCUUGAAUUGUGAUACGUAUCGUAACGCCAGAUUCUUGCCGAUAUACACUCCUAGUUUUUAACUCAAACACUUCAAAUAAAAAAAAAAUAAAAAAAUCUA